AACCAACCCGGAGUCAGUGAUUGGUGCUGGGCAUUCGGAAGGGGCGUGGUUAGGUUGGUACCCGCUCCCGGGCCAGGUUUAAAUGGACUGGGCGGGGCGGCGUGAGUAGUGUAGCUGCUGCUCUCCCGGGGCUGUGAACCCAGAAACCAGCACCAUGGGAAAAGAGAAAAUCCAUAUCAACAUUGUGGUGAUUGGCCAUGUGGACUCUGGGAAAUCGACUACUACUGGGCACCUCAUCUACAAGUGUGGGGGCAUCGACAAGAGAACCAUUGAGAAGUUUGAGAAGGAGGCAGCUGAGAUGGGGAAGGGAUCCUUCAAAUAUGCCUGGGUGCUGGAUAAGCUGAAGGCUGAACGGGAGCGUGGGAUCACCAUUGACAUCUCCCUGUGGAAGUUCGAGACCACCAAGUACUACAUCACCAUCAUUGAUGCCCCUGGCCACAGAGAUUUCAUCAAGAACAUGAUCACCGGCACCUCUCAGGUAUGGACUGACCCUGCUCUGGGUGAAGGUGAUGAUAUGCCUAAGCAGCUAGAACUGUGGCAUGCUCUUAUACUGUGUCCCUCCCUACCCCAGGCUGACUGUGCAGUGCUGAUUGUGGCAGCUGGUGUGGGAGAGUUUGAAGCUGGCAUCUCUAAGAAUGGGCAGACCCGGGAGCAUGCCCUGCUGGCCUACACGCUGGGGGUGAAGCAACUUAUCAUUGGGGUGAAUAAGAUGGACUCCACAGAGCCCCCUUACAGCAGCAAGCGCUACCAGGAGAUCACCAAGGAAGUGGGUGCCUAUGUCAAGAAGAUUGGCUACAACCCAGCCUCUGUGGCAUUUGUGCCCAUCUCUGGCUGGCAUGGGGACAACAUGCUGGAGGCCAGUGCCAAAAUGCCUUGGUUCAAAGGCUGGAAGAUCACUAGGAAGGAUGGGAAUGCUGCAGGCACCACUCUAAUGGAAGCUCUGGAUUCCAUUAUCCCUCCUUCCCGCCCAAUUAACAAGCCACUCCGCCUGCCCCUGCAGGAUGUCUACAAGAUUGGCGGUAUCGGAACGGUCCCCGUGGGCCGUGUGGAGACAGGCUUCAUGAAGGCUGGCAUGGUGGUGACUUUUGCCCCCACCAACAUCACCACAGAGGUGAAAUCGGUGGAAAUGCAUCAUGAGGCUCUGGCAGAGGCACUGCCAGGUGACAACAUUGGGUUCAACGUGAAGAACGUGUCUGUGAAAGACAUCCGGCGUGGGAACGUGGCCGGAGACAGCAAGAACGACCCUCCCAUGGAGGCCGGUAGCUUCACCUCUCAGGUCAUCAUCCUGAACCACCCAGGCAAGAUAGCUGCUGGCUACUCCCCAGUGCUGGAUUGCCAUACUGCUCACAUCGCCUGCAAAUUUGCAGAGCUGAAGGAGAAGAUCGACCGCAGGUCUGGCAAGAAGCUGGAGGACAAUCCCAAGGCCCUGAAGUCUGGAGAUGCUGCCAUUGUGCAGAUGAUUCCUGGCAAACCCAUGUGUGUGGAGAGCUUCUCAGACUACCCACCUCUUGGUCGCUUUGCUGUUCGUGACAUGAGACAGACGGUGGCUGUGGGUGUGAUCAAGGGGGUAGAGAAGAAAGCCAGUGCAGCUGCCAAAGUCACCAAAUCAGCUGUGAAGGCCAGUAAGAAAUGAAGACAGGCACAAUCACCGUCUGGACUUACUUGUACAGCACAGAUUGCUGAGCCUUCAGCAAAGGGCACUAGCAGAGCCAUGGGUGGGAUGGGUCUGCCUGACCCCUUGUACUUUAACUUUUUUCUAACUGUCCUCACUGAAUAAACUGCCCAUUGGAAAAAGGA